CACUCGUACCUCUCUCCGUCAUUCUCCUCUUCCAUCGCUCUCCAUCGGAGACUACACAGUAGGAAAGACGCUCCACUUUCAUUCGACAUCGUUGAUCGGAUCGAAGGAAGGAGAGAUGCCUCUCAGUGCGACGGUGGUUGGGGCCGUGUUGGGACUCUCGGUCCAGUUGCACUCCAAUGCUCUUCGGAAACUCCCUCUCAUGAGGCAUCCGUGGGAGCACGUGUUGGCGAUUGGAAUUGGGGCUGUUUUUGGGAAUCAGUUGGUCAAAUGGGAGGCUAAGGUUGAAGAAGAUCUCGAUAAGUUGCUCGAAAAGGCCAAAGCCGCCAAUGAGCGCCGUUAUAUUGAUGCUGACGAAGAUUAGCAGUCAGGUUGGCUAGGACUAUAAGAUAUUUUCCAAUGGCGGUAAGCUUGUAAAAAAUGUGGCUUUCAAACCAGUUCUUGUGGGUGGUCCUGGACGCACUUAUUUGCUUUUAUUUCUUGUUGCUCUUUUUUGGUAAGGCUGUUGGCACUUCUCUGCAAUCUGGCAGCUUGUUGAAGUGCAGUUAUGAUGACAUUUUGGCGAAUGUAAGACUGCGAGUGAUAAUUUGAAUUAAUUAAUAAUUUUAAUGGCUGCAAAACUAUUUCAACCAACAGCCUUAUUAUGGGGUA